UCGUAUGUGGACAUUAUCUUACAGCUCAUUAGUUCUGCUGGAGAUCAUGUAGGCGAAGAAGUUUGGUAUCGUGUUGUACAGAUCGUUGUAAAUAAUGAAGAACUUCAGGAAUAUGCAGCAAGAACGGUUCUUAUUCAUUUAAGAUCACCUUCUUGUCAUGAAAAUCUUGUUAAAGUAGGUGGUUAUAUUUUAGGUGAAUUUGGAAUUCUUAUCGAAAAUAUACCAGGUGCUGGUCCUAUGGAACAAUUUACCACUCUUCAAUCAAAGUUUGGAAUGUGUUCCCUUCAGACGAGAGCUUUACUUUUGACCACAUAUUUAAAAUUCAUUAAUCUUUUCCCAGAUAUAAAAGGAGAGAUUUUAUCUGUAUUCAAUCAUUAUCGUCAUGUUUUAGAUGUAGAACUUCAACAACGUGCUGCAGAAUAUAUGAGUAUAGCAACUAUGUCAACAGAUGAUCUUUUACAGACAGUAUGUGAAGAGAUGCCACCAUUUCCUGAACGCGAAUCAGCUCUUUUGUCACGUUUACAUCAAAAACAUUCAGAUACAGAGGAUAAACGUACAUGGAUUAUCGGAGGCAAAGAGAUUAAUAAAGAUAGGGAAAAUGCUCGAUUUUCUACACUAGGAUCUAGAACUAAUCCUUCUAGUUCAU